AUGCCUCCGCGGAGUGAUACGGAACAGCCGGCGACAGCGCAGUCCCGGCGUUGCGUAUCUUCAGAUUCGGAUGAUUCACUUGCCGGUAAUCACUCGAAGCUGGUAUCCUCUUCGAACAAGCCUAUCACCUCGAUUCCACCAAAUCUCCUACCUUCAGCGCCCGCAUCCCCUCCUACACCGGCUCCUAGUCCUACGCCUCACCAAGGACCUCCGCUAUGGCGAUCAGCUGAUGAUGACGAUGACACUUUCUUGGAGAACGCGAAAAUACACUUCUCUUCCCUUUCUAAUGCUAGAAAACAAAAAUUUUUGGAGGAAAUUCUUGGCUCGUGCGAUAGUCUGCAGCUCAGUUUUGUUUCGAGUUAUGUCAGCCCCCGACUGAGGAAGGAUCCAUUCGAUGUUUUCCCGAAUGAAUUAUGUUUGAGGGUGCUCUCUUUCAUAGAUGACCCAAAGACACUUGCAAGAGCAUCUCAAGUCUCAAGACGCUGGCAUGAGCUUUUGAACGAUGACAUCACCUGGAAAAAUCUCUGUUUAAAACAUGUCUAUGCAUACCGAAGAUCUGCAGAAGAUCGGGAUUUUGUCGACCCAUUCCAUAGCCAAUCUGCACAUGGUUUCUCCAACCCACACCCCUUUGGUGGCUCUCAGAUAUGCUCGACCCUCCCCAGUCUUCUGCCUCGAGAUGGCUUCCCCGGUUUGCCACACUCGCUAUCUGGAGACUGGCUCUCCUUGUUGGGCUCUUCAUCGCGAAGACGUUGUGCUCGGCCUUUGUCCUACAGAGCCCAUUUUAAACAAAAAUACAUGGUAGAAUCAGCUUGGAAUAAAGGGGGCCGCUGCAAGCAGCGGCAUAUCACACCUGACCAAGGGGUAGUCACAAGCCUACACUUGACCUCUAAAUAUAUCGUGGCUGCGUUGGAUAAUGCCAAGAUACAUGUGUAUGAUACGAAUGGAGACAACCAAAAAACGCUUCAAGGUCAUGUGAUGGGUGUAUGGGCUAUGGUUCCGUGGGAUGACAUACUUGUGAGCGGUGGUUGUGACCGGGAAGUUAGAGUUUGGAACAUGGCCACUGGGGUCGGAAUCUUCCUAUUACGUGGCCACACAUCAACUGUGCGCUGUCUGAAAAUGUCCGACAAGAACACAGCCAUCUCGGGCUCUAGAGAUACUACGCUACGGGUAUGGGAUUUGCGCACGGGUACCUGUAAGAGUGUCCUGGUUGGGCAUCAAGCUAGUGUCCGAUGCCUGGCCAUACAUGGAGACUGGGUUGUUUCAGGAAGCUACGAUACUACUGCCCGCAUUUGGAGUAUAUCCGAAGGACGAUGCAUGCGGACCCUUACGGGCCAUUUUAGCCAGAUCUAUGCCAUCGCUUUUGAUGGUAAACGAAUUGCAACAGGCAGCCUUGACACCUGUAUUCGGAUAUGGGACCCUCUUACCGGCCAGUGUAAUGGUAUCCUCCAGGGCCAUACCUCCUUGGUAGGGCAAUUACAGAUGCUAGGUGACACGCUCGUCACAGGAGGCUCCGAUGGGUCUGUGCGUGUUUGGUCGUUGACAAAAAAUGGCCCAAUUCACCGGCUUGCAGCUCACGACAACAGCGUCACAAGCCUUCAAUUUGAUUGUUCUCGUAUUGUCAGUGGCGGUAGUGAUGGUCGCGUAAAAGUCUGGAGUCUACAAACUGGCCAGCUUCUUCGUGAGCUGUCCACGCCCGCUGAGACUGUGUGGAGAGUGGCGUUUGAGGAGGAAAAGGCAGUGAUCAUGGCUAGUAGAUCUGGACGCACGGUCAUGGAGGUUUGGAACUUUUCGCCACCCCCCGAGGAUAUUGAGGACGAUACUGCGCUUGUCGAAAGUGCCUUAAGUACAGCUUCGAUGCGUUCCGCACACGAUAGUCGACCAAGGAGUAUUCUUCCUGCUUCAGCACCUCAGAGCAGCCAGGACGACCAUCUAAUGCUGGAUGCUCCCCUCUCUUGA